AACUGUGUGUCAUCAUCAGAGAAGGUGACAGUGGCUUUAAGUUUAUAUAUAAGGUGUCAUCUCUCAAUCGGUUCUCUUUUAUUAAACACCUUUGAGCUACCCCCAGCUACUGGGACUCAUUUAAACCUUUACAUUUUUCUAAUUUUAAAACAUUUUCUAAUAUCUGGGGCCAACUGGGAGACAAAGGAAAUCUUUUCAACAGCUGUCAUUCAUCCUUCUAAAAAGAACCCCGCACAAAGUAUUUGAAGUCCCCUUGGUCAGUGUUGCACAGAAGGGAAAAUCCAUUCUGUCCAGGCAGAAUUGUUCCGCAGUAAUCUCCACCCUGACAAGGUCUUGGGAGGGCUCUAAUUUUCAGAGAAUGGUAGGUUUUGAGUUUUCCCAUUGCAUAGGUUGCUUUAUGAAAAGGACACAUAAAUAAUGAAAGAGGAAGGAAUGGAACUUCCUCUUUUGCUCAGGGAACUUUUCCCAUUCCCAGGGGUUGCAUAGAGAAAAGGGUAGGAAUAGAGAAAGUGUGUGGUUUUGGAAACUAUUUCUCCUUCAUGUGCACAUUCUGCUUAGAUGUCAGCCUAAGAGCUACAGGGUUGAUCUGUGGAGGGUCCCCAAGUCUGAGAGAGCAGGUUUUUCCCUCCAGACUACAGCGACCCCCAUUUGAAAUGGGCUCAGCCAAGAACCUAGACUGACUGAACUAAGGUCACUCCUUUGAGUCAUCAGGGAGCGUAGGAAGAAGAUAACAUCCAGCAAACCGCAAGUUUCCUGUGUUCUGUCAAGUCCUUGCCAAGUGGGGCUUUCUCUUUUGUUUUCUGGAGGCUGUGUUCGUUAGUCACUUGGAUGCACAGCUGGUCACCGUGUCCAGCCCCAUCUGAAUUCAUCCUGUUGAAGAUUCCUGGUGAUGCUGUCUACGUGCUGGGUUUGUGGCCUGAAUGGUGCUUCCAUCAUGGAGUCAGCUGUGCUAAGGUCUGGAGGUCUACGAAGGUUUGGGGGCCUGUUACCCUGAGAGGAUGUGACACUGAGUGAUUCAGACAGGAGUUCCUGGAAGGAGAACCCACAAAAGAUGACCAGAUACAGGGCACACCAUCCUUGGCAGCACCAAGGUCAGCAUCACAAAGGAGGCGGCGUUCAAUAAUCACUUGGAUGCAGAGCCGGUCACUGUGUCCACACAGCUAAGGACUGUCCAGCCCCAUCUGAAUUCUUCCUGUUGAAGAUUCCUGCAAUCACAUUCAUUCCCACUGGCUGAAGAUUCCUCUGGACAGUUAGUUAGUCCUGGUUACUAGCACGGAGCUGCUGUCAGGAUCAUGCCAAGCCCACUGGUCCUGGAGCCUAGCCACCUGAAGAGCCUUAAGGAAAACCUGUCAGAAAUCCUUAUGCACAGACCCAGAACGUCCUCAUGGCAGUAUCAGUGGUGACAAGCAUCGUGGACAACAUAACGACCAUCAUCACUAACGAAGUGUGCAGAGAUAAUCUGAAGCUCUUGAUAACUGAAGAUGGAGUCUGGAAGGUGUUUGUGACGAAAGCAGCGUUGUCAAGCGAGGAGGAGGCUGCCCUGCGUGAUGCACUGGAGAAGCGUUUAGCCCAGGAGCCCGCGGAUGAAGAUGAUGAAACAGAAAAGAGGCAGCAGAAAGAGAAUUUUCUGAAAGAAUUUCCUGAGUUGAAAGGGAAACUUGAAGAACACAUCAGGAAGCUCCGAGCUCUGGCUGACCAUCUUGACCAGGUGCACAAGGGCUGCACCAUCGCCAAUGUGGUGUCCGGCUCCACAGGCAUCGCCGCUACAAUCGCUGGAUUAGUUCUGGCACCCUUCACAGGAGGGGCCUCUCUGAUUAUGUCAGCAGCUUCAGUGGGUCUAGGAGCAGCCGCAGCUGCGACUGGCGUCACCACUUCCAUUGUGGAAGAAUCCAUCAGAACGGCAGAUGAAAGUGAAGCCAGGCGCCUGAUUGAAGCCAGCAUGGACGAACUGGACAGAAUUUUGAAGAUCAUGCCUUUGAUCACAUUCAAAUUUAGUAGUAAGGGUGUGGAAAUAUUCUGUGCCUGGAAAACCCUCAGGGAUCAUAUUCAAGCCAUCAGGACAGGCAGAACCAGGAACUUCACAACGUUUAGAGAAGGUAUUAGGCAGUUGAGGAAUCUCAUAUCACGCGCUAUUCCUCUAGGAACCAGAGUAGCCAGGAUUGCAAAAGGAGUCGGUAAGGUUUCAAUACUUGGAUUUGAUGUGUAUCACCUUGUGACUGACUCCAUGGAUUUACACAAUGGGGCAAAGACAAAACCGGCAGAAGCGCUACGGGAGCUGGCUAACAAUCUAGAAGAGAAGUUGCACGAAUUUGAGCAGCUCCACAAGGAUCUGCAGUCAGUCUAGCCUCAGUGAUCCCUCCACCAAGCAGUUAAGAGUUCAGGGUAAAUGACAUGUAUAGGGUUGGGGACAAGGAGGGAGCAUACCAUUACAAGGGAAAUAACACAUGA